GGGAAGGAGGGCGGGACCGGAGGGGGAAGGAGGGCCCAGACAUCUGUGUUGGAGAGCAUCGAGCUCGGCUUGAUGGCGCUGGAGAAGCAGUUGCUGCCGCUGGGCAAAAGGACCCAAAAAACCGGAGACCUCGGCGGCAGGGAUGCUGCUCCGGUUUUGCCUCCUCCCUCCCCGUCGCCGUCCAACCCCUCCUCCCCACCUUCCUUCGUCAUCCAUUUCCAGCGCUUCGCCCUCGGGCACGUGGCCCUAUUUUUCCCCACCCCGGCGGGCGACUACCUGGCUUUCAACGUGGGCUGCCCGCACUACUACCUUUCGGAGGACGCCAAGGCUUGGAUAGGGAGGGACCGGCAUUUUCGGAAGUACUACGUGCUGGGCAG